AUGAAGUUCUCUCUCCCAGCCGUGGUCUUUGGCCUCUCCCUGCUCGGUGCUGGCGAUGCCGCCAAAAUCGAGGUCAGGACCACAACUGGACCCGGCCUCAUCCCCGUUUCCUCAACCGCCUACAUUGGCGAUGAUGGCAUCACCUACCCUUUGGGUGGCGGCUUCUCCGAUGGUUGCAGAAAGACUAGCUACAAUUGGAUCAAGGAGAUUUGUAUCGAUGACAAGAAGGCCAGAGCGCACAUUAUCUAUUCCGGCGGCACCAAGAAGUGCUUCAAGCGAACCCGCUCAGCUUCUCACCUUUGCGGUGGUGGUGAAGGCUGCCACAAUGGCGUUUGCAACAGGUGCUGGGAGUACGAUUACACCGUGGUCAAGUGCACCUGGUGA